AGUUGCUUUCCGACGAUGCCGGACCAGCACCUCCAGAUUCACCGAGUAAUGGCUUCGGCUUGCGGAGCGUGCUCGGGCCCAAGCUAUGGGCCCAUGGGCCUCUCCCCGGAUUGGGGGAACAGGGGCGUUUCUACUGGGACGACUAUCAUGGCAGUGCAGUUUGAUGGGGGCGUGGUACUUGGAGCUGACUCCAGGACAACUACUGGGUCAUAUAUUGCCAAUCGAGUAACAGACAAGUUGACCCCUAUCCAUGAUCGGAUCUUCUGUUGCCGUUCUGGUUCGGCAGCUGACACCCAGGCUGUGGCUGAUGCAGUCACCUAUCAACUAAGUUUCCACAGCAUUGAACUGAAUGAGCCUCCCCUGGUGCACACAGCUGCUAACCUCUUCAAGGAGAUGUGUUACCGUUACCGAGAGGAUCUCAUGGCUGGGAUCAUCGUUGCUGGCUGGGAUCCCCGUGAGGGGGGGCAGGUAUACUCAGUACCCAUGGGAGGUAUGAUGGUUCGGCAGCCUUUCUCCAUUGGGGGCUCAGGGAGCUCCUACAUCUAUGGCUAUGUUGAUGCCUCCUAUCGAGAGGGUAUGAAUGAAAAACAGUGUCUUCAAUUCACUGCUAAUGCUCUUGCUUUGGCCAUGGAUCGAGAUGGCUCAAGUGGUGGUGUUAUCCGGUUGGCAGCAAUUACUGAGAAAGGAGUGGAACGGCAGGUGCUUAUGGGGGACCAGCUCCCCCAAUUCCCUAGUACCACCUAUCCUUCAGCCUGAGAUCUGCUACCUCCUCCUUAUUCUCUCUGCAUUCCCUCUUCCCCUAGCCAUAAGCCAUCCCCAUAUAUACCCAAGAUUCAAUAAACUCUUGGUCAUGGGUAGAGA